CCAAAAAGCUGCAACGAUGACGCGGAUGGGUGAUUUAUAAUUUUUCUCUGUGGCGUGAGUUCUUUCUUGUAUAAAAUUAGCAUUUUGAUUCUAAUCAUUGUGAAGACCUUUGGAAGUGUUAAGUGUAAAAAUUAAAGAAAUCGCAUUUUCUAACCAUCAGUUAACAGCUUGCCAUUUUCUCGUGUUUAUAUUGUUAUUCGAUCCGAACUCUAUUUGGAAAUAACACACCGUCGCCGAAGAUUAGCUGACAAUGGCAUUGAAGAGAAUUAAUAAAGAAUUACAAGAUCUUGGCAGAGACCCACCUGCGCAGUGUUCAGCGGGUCCAGUCGGCGAUGACUUAUUUCAUUGGCAAGCGACGAUAAUGGGCCCACCUGAUAGUCCGUAUCAAGGAGGAGUAUUUUUCUUAACAAUCCAUUUUCCAACAGAUUAUCCGUUCAAACCGCCAAAGGUAGCGUUUACGACCAGAAUUUAUCAUCCAAAUAUUAAUAGCAACGGUAGUAUUUGUUUGGAUAUUCUAAGAUCUCAAUGGUCUCCGGCUCUCACUAUUUCAAAGGUGUUAUUAUCGAUAUGUUCAUUGCUCUGUGAUCCAAAUCCUGACGAUCCUUUGGUACCCGAAAUAGCUAGAAUUUAUAAAACCGAUCGCGACAAGUAUAACGAGUUGGCUAGAGAAUGGACUCGUAAGUACGCCAUGUAAUUACAAGUUUAUUUCAUCUCCACUCAAGCAGGAAGAUAUUGGUUUUUUAAUUAUUAUUCUCUUAUAAAAAAAAAAAAAUUCUAUCAAACGUACAUUUAUUUUUUAACAAAUUUAUUCUGUACUGUAUAAUCUGGUUUUUACUUAUAUUGAUUAAGGUACUUCAUCGUCGUCGUCGUGAUUAAGUAAGCUUCGAAAGUUUUAUAUUUUUCUAUUCUCUCAACAAACAAAGUCAUCAUCCUUGCUCUUUAUCUAUCUCUGUUUCCGAUGAAAUUAUUACCAUAAUUAUUUCAAAGGCCCACCAACUUUUCUGGCUAUUCUAAUAAACGAAUGAAAAUAAAAGGUACGUGUGAAACGAAGUCGAAAACCAUUAUUGAAAAAAACCAUUGUAAAAACCGCGAUUGUUUCGUUCAUCGUAAUGCGCAAAGAAAAAAUUUAUCGAAUACUUUAUUUUGUUUAAUAUUUUAAUUUUAAUUGUAGAAUAUUACACAGUAUACCUAUUUGUUUAAAAUUAAUAAUAUUGAACAAUAAACGUUUAAAAUUAGACAUUUUGUUGCUUCGUCGUUGUAUAAUGUAAUAAUACGUGUAUUUAAAUUCGCCAAUUUAUUUUUUCAUCUCUUUUCGUUGUUCGUAUUGGAAAAAUUAUUCGCAUGUUUCAAUAUAAAACCAGUUAGGUUUUGCUUUACUUUUUUAUUUCAUCUUUUUCGUGCUACGUUCGUCGGAAAUGCAUUGUAAUGUAACGUGUAACAUAGAUAAUUAUUUAUGUAACGAGUGAAAGCAAUAUAUUGAAUAUGAAGUGCCUGGUUUA